AUGUUCAGCGCUCUGACUGCUUUGGCAGGGUCGCUCGUCCUCUAUAUCAUUUGCACAAGCAUCUACUACAUCACAUUCCACCCAUUGGCUAGUAUCCCCGGUCCCAAGAUCUGCGGUAUCACAAGGAUUCCUUACUGGCUCGUGGCCCUCAAAGGCGAAGAUGUACGAUGGAUGAAAGCUUUACAUGACAAAUAUGGACCUGUUGUUCGCUUUGGCCCGACGGACGUAAGCCAUGCUGCUACUCAGGCGUGGAAUGACAUUCACGGGCCAAAGGACUCUGAGAAGGCGCAGGAGUUUUCUGUUCAGCCAGUCAACGGAGUUCCAAGCAUGCUUACAACUGACGUUGAGAACCAUACACGUAUGCGUAGGCUCUUCUCUCCGGCAUUUUCUGAGCGCGCGUUGAAGAAACAAGAGCCCCUCUUCAAAAAGUACUCGGAACUUCUCACGUAUAAGAUCUCAGAAGUUGGUGAUAAUGGAGCCAAACCAGUCGAGAUGUGUCAGCUGCUUAACUUUACAACAUUUGAUGUGAUGGCUGAGCUGUGCUUUGGAGACCACUUGGAUCUUCUUGCCAAGAACGAAUACAGCCCUUGGGUCAGGUCAAUCUUUGAGUCACUGAAGAUGCUGCCAAUUGCCUCCAUGAUCAACUACUACCCUAUUCUCAACGCACUAUUCACCCGAUUUGAGCCCAAGUCGGUAACACAGCAGCGUGUCACCCACUGCAAGCAUUCCGAGGAGCGCGUCAAUCGCAGAUUGAAGAAUGGGUCUGAUCAGCCCGAUGUUUGGAACCUUGUAAUGGAGGCAAAGGAGGGCAAGGGAAUCACUGUCAAAGAAAUGCACUCUAAUGCAGAGUUGUUUAUGCUCGCUGGGUCUGAGACCACGGCUACGCUUUUGAGUGGUUGUCUCUAUUAUCUACUCAGCUGCCCCGACAAGAUGGAGAUCCUACUCAAGGAAAUCCGGGGCAAAUUCAACAAAGUAGACGACAUCACAUUCGAACGCCUCGCUGAGCUUAAGUAUAUGAACGUCUGUAUCAAGGAGGCUCUACGCAUCUACCCUCCGGUCCCCAUCGGCAGCCCUCGCGUCGUUUCCCCUGGUGGUCAGCAAAUCCUCGGCAAAUAUAUCCCAGCUGAGACACGCGUGUCGGUUCACCACUGGUCUACAUAUCGAUCCGAGUCCAACUUUAAAGAUGCUGAUAAAUUUGUCCCUGAGAGAUGGCUCAAGACGGAAGCUAGAUAUGCUGGGGAUGCCCUUGAAGCGCACCAGCCGUUUGGAUUUGGGCCGCGUAACUGUCUUGGUCAAAACAUGGCGAUGCACGAGAUGAGACUCAUCCUGACAACGCUUGUGUUCAGCUUUGACUUUGAACUAUGUGAGGAGAGUAAGAAUUGGGCAGACCAGAAGUCUUUUGCAUUGUGGAUCAAGAAUCCUCUGAUGAUUCGCGCCACACCAGUCACUACACACGCCAGACUUAAUAUUUAG